UUAAAGUUUGAUAUUUUAGUGUUGUUUUUGGCAAGUACGAAAAUUAUAAACAAUAGUUGUGACGAAAUGCUUCAGCGCAAGGAAUUGCAGAUAAAAUUCUUACAGACCGUCAACAGAAUCCCUACACUGGAACAGAACUUCAAUCAGGUUCCCGAAUCAGAUAUUAGUGCCAUGCUAAGCUUGGUAGAACAUGAUAUGAAUGGGGCCAAGCCUGUGAGCUACCUGAAGAAAGUGUGGUCGCUGAGUUGCACAUAUGGUCACGUCACGCUCUAUGUAUUGUACCAUUUAAUCGACAUGCAGAGUAAGGGUCAAUCUAUCGAUCAGACGUUAUUAUAUCAUUACAAGAAUUGCAUGCAUCACAUGCUCCAGGUACUGUACUUAGCCGACAGUUUUACGUACCGGGAAAUGUGGUACGUAGCGAUAACGUUGGACGCUGUCAUACGAAAUAAACACAGUUUGGGUAAUAUAAAAUUUACGGGAAUGACCGCUUCAUUGAUUGGUCCUUUGACGCAUAGAUGCAUGACUGAUCAACUAUCAAGUAAGAUUGACCUGCUCGCCCAAUUUGCAGGAAAGUUCGAUUUCGUCUCUUAUAACCGCCAGCUGGGCACCCAACUGAUGUUGUCCGAAGGCCACCCAAUAUUCAUGGCAGAUCUAUAUCGUGGAGAUGAUCAAUUUGAAAUUUACCAGCUAAUUUGGGACAAUAAUCGAGACUAUACGAAUUUUGCUCCACCUGACAGUUGGUUUCCGUCAUACGACCACAAGCAUUUGCGGACGAUUUAUGAAAAAGUCGCUCUGAUAUGGAAAUCCGACUUUUACUCUAUACAGAGAUACACGGACAGUGUACGAAACCUUGUUCUGAUGGUUACGUACUACGCUCUUCUGUUGCAUUGUCAUUACUUGCAGAUGACGUGGUACAUUGUAUUCGAGCGGGUCAAAUCGUUCAGCCCACCUAGUAAACAAAAAGAAAUGGAGACCGACAUAACUGCGCUGCUGCGGAUUCCGUUAUUUUUAGUCGAGACAAUUAUGCAGAAUUUGCACUUUUCGGAAGAAACAGAAUACUUGAAUGAUAUAAAAUACAAUCUCACAUACCACGAGAACGCCGAUCGAAAAGCGUUCAAUCAGUUCAUCGAUCGACUGUUGCAUCGAUACAAUUUCUACGCCGAACAUUUUGAGGCGAAACUAAAUGAUUAUUCCGUAAUUAAAGUGAAGUUUUUAGUACCAAACCAAAUGGACUUGUACCUCUUAAAGACAACACUACUGGAAUUUACUAAAAUACUGGACAGCUAUUACGAAACCGUCAAACGGACUUUAUCGCCAACGAGUUUUCACGUAAUCGAAUAUUUUACGGCUACAAAACCGGUAUUUGUCAAUUUGAAGACGCCGCAAGACCCGAAUCCCUCUUUAACCAAACCUACUACUGUUAUUUCAAAAAUUAGCUGUACAACAAAUAUAACUGUAAUCGAACAUGAGCAGGACUGGGAAACGCAUAUGCAUUUUUUGAGGAUAUUGAAUAGAAUCCCCACGUUGGAUAAAAAUCCAAAGGAAAUGAAGAUUUCCGAAUUAGACGCUAUGACAAAAGGCGCAAAAAAAGAAGAUUUGAUGAUUUCCUUGAUACCCCCUAGUUAUCGAAGAAAAGUAAAAGUGUUAAAUUGCUCGUACGGGUAUGUCUUUCUAAAUAUGUUGUAUCACAUAAACGAUUUAUACCGGAACGAAAGAAUGGACGAAGAAAAACAUUUUUACUUGCUUAGAUACAUAAAAUGCGCGCACCGCUUUGUGUCGGUCAUGUACGCGUCGAAGAGCUUAAUAUACCGAGAGUUGUGGAUCGCAGUAAUUACUUUGGACGCCAUUAGACAUGGUAAAAUGGGUAUGAAUGAUUUUAGGUUCGACAAAUUAGUGUUGAACAUUAUAGUCGCCAUAAAAAAAUGCUACAAUGAAAACCUAAUAACUAACCUUAUUCCAACCUACAAUGAGUUGGUCGAAAAAGGAUCAUACGAUUUAGCAACCUACAACGACCAGCUCUUGGCCAAAUUGAUGUUGUCUGAUGGCAGCGAAGACUUUAUGAUGAACCUGUACUACAGUGAAGAACGAUUCGACAUUUUCAAAUUCUUUUGGGAUGCCGAUGGCAACUACACGAACUUGGCUCCUCCGGUUAGCUGGUUUCCGUUGUACGACGACAAGCAUUUGAGGACAGUCAAUGAAGACGUUGCGUUUAAUUGGGAACGCUGCUUUUAUAUCAUAAUCCGGUACAAAGAGGCCGUCAUUAAUCUUGUUAUGAUGGUCACGUAUUAUGCUUUGCUUUUGCACUUUCACUAUUUGGAAUCUACACGGUCAAGCAUAACAGAGCCGGUUAAAUCCGACGAUUUCAAGGCGUGGGGGCGAAUUCCUUUACCUCUGGUCAAGGUCAUUUAUCGUGAUUUAAAUAUCCUCGAAGACAACAGUUGUCUCGUCGGAGAAAUAGAAAAUUACCUUGCCGUUAGCGACAACACCGACCGGACUUCGUUUAACGCUUUCAUUAAUCGUCUGUUGGUACGAUAUAAUUUCUACACCACACAAUUAGACUUGAAACAAAUGGAUUAUUCCAUGAUGACGAAGAAGUUUUCGGUGCCAGGCCAUAUGGAAUCGGCUGUCUUGAUAAGCAAACUAUUGGAAAUUGUCCAAAUACUGAACGCUUAUUAUGAAACCGUCAAAAGAACAUUUUUACCAACCACUUUUCGCGCUAUCGAAUAUUUUGCCUACUCCAAACCGGAUGGUAUUAAUUUCGAGAAAUCACAAGACCCGAAUCAACUGCAUAGUACCAUAACAUACAAUUACGACAAACGAAAGACUAAAAGGCAAUUGUUUAAGCAAACGGAAAGCUCCAUAUUUCAUGAAAGUAAAGACUAA